CAAGAUCUGGGACCAUUGUCCGCCCAGCACGCAGUCCCACAGCUGUCUUGUGAGCUUAGAGAACCCAAGAACGUGGGAUUUGCCAACAUGAUACGCUUUGCGGUUCUUAACCCCUUGGUGGAGGUGGAGCGGGAUAUCCCAAAAGAGAUAAAGGUGGAACGAGCUCUUGACACAUACAACCGAACGCUCUUACUCUUACAAAGGGGAAGGAAAGCAGAAGCCAAGACGUCCUUUGAAGAGCUCUUAAGUUGGGAUGUACUAAAAGACAAACUUCCUGCGGCGUCGGGUGCCCACAGUUCUCCAGCACAUGCACUACAGUAUGUUGUGUACAAGAACUACGCUGCGUUAUUAGAACAGGAAGGAAAUUGGGAGCAAGCGCUUUUUCAUUUUGAGCAGGCAGCAAAGAUCGAUCCCACCGACGUCUCACUUUGGUGCAGAAUUGGGAGUGUAGCGGCGCGCGCAAAGUCCUGGGAUACCUCAUGCCAUGCCUAUAUGGCUGGUUUGCAACGGGCAGAUAUAUCCGCCUGUCGCUUCAAAUGCUUGGAUGGGGUCAUCAAUGCACUCUACGAGAUUGGUGACUACGGAUCCUGCCUAAAGUACCUCAAAGAAGCUUUCGCGAUUGAUCCUCAGUACCUCCGUGGUCGAUGGAUCAAGAGGCAAAUUGUUGGGGAAUAUCUUGAAGGGCAAUCGUUUACCAGUGCAUUUGAAGAGGACAUUGAUGCGCAUGAUAUCAUUGAGUAUCGGCUCAACCCAACCGCUCUGCCAGAACUUGUGGAUUCCACGAUCACCCGAUCUCGGGAACCAUUGUCGUCUGGGGUUUGCAACGUCGAUCAUGAUUCUAUCAAACUGCACCUGAGAGAACUUACGUGGACUGGGCUUGGUGCAAUGCUAUUGGACACAUACCAUACAUUCUACUCAUCAUCCAGUCAAGGACAAAAAUUACCCGAGCAGCAUCCAUUUCGACUUCAUUGCGUGCGAGUUCAUAUUGCAGUAGAUACUGGAAAGGAUGGGGUCGACGCUUCUGAAUGCCAGGAGUCUGAUGCGAUUGAGGUCAUCAUAAAAGAAGAAGGAACGAAUGUACCCCAUGAGCAUGAGAACAUUGCCCCCGGUCCAGAUGAGCAAGUCACCAAUGAGAGGAAAAGGAAGUUAACAGACGGAGAUGACUCUAGAAGGAUAUCUAAGCGUGUGCGAGACCGAAUAGAACAAGAGCAGCAGCAAAAGGCUACAGAGGAAAUCGACAUCACAGAAGUGAUUGAUCCAUGGCUACCAGAUGGCUUUUCGAUUGGCCUAGAAAACACGGACCAAAAUCUAGUGACAGAUGUUCCGUCCUUCCUCUCCACAUUUUGUUCAAAGAUCUUGUCGCCCACAACGGGAGCAGACCUCCGUCGUAAAAGCAAAAGCAUACGCAAAGGACGCAAAGGAUCAUUAGUUCCAGCCGCCGAUUUGAUGAGUACCCCAACGUCAUCAGCUGCUUUUGGUCCAAAUGCCUUAAAGUCAUUCGUCGAUUCCGUGAACUUGCACAAUUCUGGUUUAAUCGACACCAUACGUUUCUUUGUAACAUGGGUCAUCCUUGGACAAGUUAAGCCGGACCGUGAUUUCCAAAGACAUUUUAUGGACACCCAAUGGCCAGCAGGGUUGCGAAGUAUUGUCCCGUCCCUGUUGCGGAUCCUGGAGAAGCAUAAUGCAGGGGUAAUGUUCUGGAGGAAUGCAUACCCAUCAGCAUUUUACUUGCACGACGGCGAUUCGGGAAGAUGUCGCGAAGGAGAAGCCAGUGGAGCUAUUCUAGAGCUGUUGUUGAGUUUGUCGGAAAUACUCUGUGAUGCCUGGGGGUCGCAACAAGAAGGGUCUCCAAGUACCUCAAUGUACGAUUGGAUACACGAUGACUGCAGUGAUGGGGAGGGUGAAGAUGGGAAUCCCUUACACCCACAUUCCUUUCCGCAAAUACUACACCGUAUCAUGGACUCACUGGUGGAUGUAUUGGGUAUCAUUGAUGAGGACCGUGACCAGGAUUCGUUGAGUUUUGUAAGAUAUUUGUGGUUGAAAGCACGGAUACACGAGUACCGGCAUGAAUAUGAUAUGGCAGCUCAAACAUAUAAACAGUGCGGCGAGGCUCUUGGUUGCCAUAACUUUGAAGGCUUCUCUGUGAGCCUUAAGAAUUGCAUAACGGACAAUGAGAUUAGCCAAAAAUCUUUGGAAUGGAAACGUUUGGCACUUGAGGCCCGUCAAUAUGUCCUGGAGGCCGAUGCACAGUUCGCUCAAACGAAUUAUGAAGCCGUCAUUGAGCGCCUUAAACCGGUCCUGUUAGAAGCAGCAGUCGCUUCUGGACUUUCGCCAUGUGAUACAAUUAUGCCGGAUGACAGUCGAGAAGCAUCCGAGCGACAAGAAGCAACCCAGAUUGCAAGAAAAUUUGUUUUCUACGAUUGCGGCUUUGGAAAGCGGUAUCAACUUUUUGACUUUUUGCGACAGGCUUUUCUGCACGUCAAUGAUCCCCAAAGCGCAUUUGCUUGCACCGCGCACCUUUUGGUAGAUGCUGUGCGUAAUUCCUCUGCGGCCUCUGAUUUCGAACUCCAUCUUGAACGACUAUCAACUCUUCUUGGGGACGUUAUAACGUAUUUGCAAACAUCAUCAAUGAGGACGGAAUGGGUUCAGCUGCUUGAGGCAUAUCAGGGUCAUGCAUCAGGCACUGAGCCAGCUCGGAAUCUCUUUCAAAAUUUUCUUUUGGGCGUCUUCUUAUGUGUGAGAAUGUGCUGGGUAGCCAUGAGACAUUACAAGGAACUACCAACCUUAUCUAGGAGGUCCGCCAUAGCACAUCGGAUUAAGGCGUUGAACAUUUUCGUUGUGAGAAGUUGGAUUCUGUUGUAUUACGUAGUGCAGGCGCUUCAUUCCUCGCCAACUCGGAUGGCACUGGAUUCCAAGGAGGAGAAGAAGAAGACUCAAACGCCAACCGAGGAAAAUGUACCUUCAACGACGCCUAUGGACUUAGAUGCGAAGAAUGCUUUGCAACAGGAAAACAUUGUUGAUCGCGAGGCUACGAACGAUAGUGUGACUGAUGUGACUGUAGAAGGAAUAGAUCAGCUAGCGGAUCUAUUGAUAGUUGCCCACCGUGAACUUGGGGAACUCUCUCUGUGCGGCCUUGAUAACGGCGCAUUCUUGAGACUCAUUCUCCAACACAUUGGCAAAGCAUCUCGUGACUCAUACCAGGCUGAGUUGUAUCAAUGCUAUCACUGUCUGUACGGUAUAAAGGUGGAACACGACAGUGAUAUCGAGGAUCAUCACACGAUCACGCUGCCUUUUGAGCGCGAAGCUGCUUCUGAAGUGUUUUCAACUGUUUCGCACUAUGUUCUGACUAAAUUAGCGCUACGCGGAAACCGCGGCAUUCCAGCCGACAUUAAGCAAUGCCUGGAUAAAGUCACAGAAGUGUACAGCGAACCUCCUUGGAACAAUGCUCGGGUUGCAGUCAACAAAGAGACGAUUGAUCGGCUGCUUGAGCGACCAAUAGAUGUAAGCGACAUGGCGCCCGAUCGAAGUGCCCUCGCAACAGUCACAUUCACGGAAGGCGAGCGUAAAAAGAUUUCCGAUAUUUAUUUUACCCUGUAUUAUUUGCAAGGCAAAAUUAUGUGGACUCAAUAUAAAACUCGUAGCCUUGCUCAAACGGUUGAUUUCCACAAAAUGAUUGCUCCUUUGAAGGGUGCAACCGUACAGUACCUAUUCAAUCUAUAUCUGAAUCCGCGUCGCUGCGAUAGUUGGAUAUCUCUAGCACAAUGCUAUUCUUCGCUGGCCAAUGAGCACCUGGGACGCAAUGCCAUAACGAUCGUAGACAACUUUGGGAAAAUUCGUCUUUGGCAGCAGAAAGCGUACCAUUGCUACGUCCAGGCUAGUCACCUAGCCCGAUCAUCAACGGCGUCGGAUUUAGGAACAACCUUGUGGGGUGACUUUGGGUACCUUUGUCAUGCGAUCGCGACGAAGCCUAUGGCAGGAGCUGCGUUGUCAUCGUACUUGCUCAAGAUACGAGAUCUUUGGUCGCGCAGAUGGAGUGAAUCCAAGCGAUCAUCUCCAAAUAGCGUGGAAGUCGAAAGUCAUCUUGCAGCAGGGGUUGGGCAAAUCAAGAGCACCGAAGAUCACGGGGCGGAUGCGAGAAAAGCUCCAAUGCUUCAGUUGGCAGCUUAUUGCUUCCGCAAAGCCGCGGCAUUGGAGAAAACGGAUUGGCGUUACCCGUUCAUGCUUGCGAACAUUUACGCUAAACUUCGCAAGAAUCCGGCGGUGAUCAUAAAAUUGUAUAGAAGAGCAGUCGCUUUGGUACCCGAAGAGUGGGUGACCAAGGAGCAGGAAAGGAUUUUGGAUCCCAUGAUCAAGCUGGCCGGCUAUCUCAGCAAGGCCUUGCACCAAGGGAUAAUACAACCGGAAGAAGCGUUGGCUGCCUUGACGGAUCUCCCAGACUCAACUGGAUCACUUCCUGGCUCCCCUGUUCGCAGGAAUAGCAGUACUCCGGGAACAGAUAUCAGUCUUCCCACAUGGAAAUGCUCCGCAACCAACACCGAAAUGGAUGAAGCGCGUGCGCAAGCAUUUGAGCGGAUUUGCAUAGUUUUGAUUCGGAUGAAGGUUAUUGACAAGAAGAAGUGGCAGCACAAACCGAGGUCCAAGCUUGCUUGGAUAUAUUACCAUGUAUAUAGGGAUACGGAGCGGGCGAAAGGGGAGUUGAGUGCCUUAUUUAGGAAGGAUGACAAGUCAAAAGGAUUUGUAAAUUUUUGGAAACCCGAGUUUGAGAGGCCUGGCAAGCACUUCAUUUGGGUACACAAGUAUACCAUGUUUAUGAUCGACCUUCUUAAAGAAACGUCGGACAUCGACGGUUUGAGAAGAAUAUGUCGGAAGGUUCGCAAAGCGGAUGAUGUGCUACUUUGGCCGGACAAGAUUUGGAAGCAUGCGUAUAGCUCCUGCUUUGAAGCGCUUGUGGCAACGGUCAAGGGCGAGCGAAGCACCCCUCUUUCAGGAACAAUGUCUAAACAAGAAUUUGACGAACGGGCCCCAGAAGUCGAAGAGCGCAUGUUUGCAGCUGCAGAUCCCAAGCCUCCUCGCUUAGUCAAUAUGCUCUGCGCUUUUGAUCUAAAAAAACUGGAUGAAGGCUUUAUGGACGAGGAGGAGCUGAAUCUUCUGCUUGUUGACAUAUAUAGCUCCCUUUUUUCCGAAUUCAGUGGGAAGUCUAAACACUCUGAGAGAUCUCAGGAUGACAUUAUGGGGCAUGCUUCAAUGCAAGUCGAAACCACAAAGGACGGCACAACUAGCGCAGCUGAUGAGACGGUACCUGCAGGCGGUGUGCAGCUAAAUGGCGAUGGGCUCGUCGAUACCACAAUAUCUGGGAGUCCAUCGGGCAAUCCUGUAGAGACCGCACCUCACACCCAGGCGCUAGAGAAGGUGAAGUUCUCUCACGUGUUGCAGCGGGUACUUUCAGUGUGCAAGAAUCCGCCCCAGAUUCGACAAGAAGCUCCGCCACAAAUUUCCGCAACGUCUGGAGAUGUGAUAGCGCAAGGGGCGACGAGUCCCCCGAACGCUAAUCUGUUGAUUACGGUUGAUGCCAGCUCACCUGGCACGGUACCUAAUGAGACAGAAUCUGCAAUUGAUGCACCAGUACCGGUAGAUGAAGAUUAAAUGGUCAUUUACUCUAUGGUACACCGUGUAUCGCUUUUUGGUAUUUUAAAUAAACGCUCCUUUUGUCUCUUGGG